AUGGCAACUCUUCCUUUCACUACAUCUCCUCCCUUCACCCUCGCCCCACCCAAAAAGCAAAGCAACCUCCCUGCUGCUGCCACAAAGCUAAAUAUCCCACGGUCACGGCCGAGCUUGAACUGCCGCUUAUCGGGCAUUGUCCGGUCAUACAAAGUGCUAAUUGAACACCAAGGUAAAACCACUGAGCUAGAGGUUGAGCCUGAUGAGACAAUUCUGUCCAAGGCAUUGGACACUGGCUUGUCUGUGCCACAUGAUUGCAAGCUUGGGGUGUGCAUGACUUGCCCGGCUCGCCUUCUUAAUGGAACAGUUGAUCAGAGUGAAGGUAUGCUUAGUGAUGAUGUUGUGGAGCGUGGCUAUACCUUACUAUGUGUAUCGUACCCUCAAUCGGAUUGUCACAUUCGGACUAUCCCGGAGGAUGAGCUUCUUUCGCUGCAAUUAGCCACUGCCAAUGACUAA